AUGUCAUCUGAGGAGGACGGCGGCAACCACGGAACGACGGCGGUGGCGGGGGGCGCAGAGUGUUUCGUCGGCGGCGGCGGUAUCGGUGGUGGGGGUGAUCCGUUGGACGGUUCGGCCGACAAACUGUUGAAGAACAAGGCGAAGCGGAGCAGACAGCGCGUGGAUGCCGGUGAGCCGCGUAACAGCUACUCGUCCAUACCGAAUUUCAGUUCUCGACCGAUCGUGUCCUCGGCACCACUGCUUAACCAGGCCGCAAGCUUCUACGGAGCAUUUUUCGGCCAAGGCCACCAGCAGUACUUUUUCAACCAGGGCUUCGCGCCCGGUAAAAUGCUAAACGAGUUCAUCGGCCGUCAAGUCAAAGAAGAAAUGGUGACCAUGGACUCGUCCGAUUGCUUGACGCAGCCGCUACCCGGUCUGCCCGGUUCUCCGGCCACCGGGCCCAACAGCGAGCUGGCCCAUCACAUGCUCCGCGACAUAUUACAGGGCAGAAAAAAAGAGCUGCUCGCACUGGAACAGGAGUUCCGCAACUCCGACGACCCGUCGUCGCCGGACAACAGUAUUAUGAACAACAACAACAAUAUCAACAGCAACAAGAACGACAUCAGCGGCUCGGAAGAAUGCGCCGCCGCCACUGCCGCCAAAAAUUUGGCCGCCGCGGACAUCGUCGACAACUGCACCGGAAAGCCGGUCGACCCGGCCGAGGUAAGCUCAGUUAACAAUUUUAUUAACAACAAUAACAAUAACGCGGUGACCAAUGAUCACGACGCGGACGACAUAAACGACGGUACGGAUUCCGAGAGGUCUCUGGGAUCGCCCGUGUCCGACACUAAAGAAAUCAAGGCCGAGGAGCACAGCAAAGACUUCGAGGUGAAAGUCGAACAAAACGAGUUGAAAAAAGCUAGGGUCGAAAAUAUUGUGUCCACAAUGAGGUCCAGUCCUUCGUUGCCGGUCCAGGUCAACGGUUGCAAGAAACGCAAACUGUACCAUCCGCAACAGCACGACAACAGCGAACGGUACAACUCGAUGGACGUGGACGACGACGACAACGAUGACGACGAUGAAGAACUUAGUCCCAAUGAGCUCAGACAGAAAAUGGUCGAGAAAAACGUAUUAAAGGACCAACUGCGCACCAUGCAGGAACAGUUGGCGGAAAUGCAACACAAGUACGUGCAACUGUGCACCAGAAUGGACAACGACGACGAGCCCGAAGACGGCAGCGACGCUGAACCGGAACAGGCGGAAAUCUCGGCGGCAAGGCACAGUCCACCUAUCGCCCCGAAAUGCACUACACCACUGCCGAUGUUGCCAUCGUCGGCUCAACAGAUCAACCCAAAUUUUUCGAAAAUGGUCAAAUUUCUACCACAGACUCACAUGCCCAUACACCCGUCGUUCAACGGGGCGCUAACACUGCUCCAGCAGCAAGUGCUCCAGGAACAGCACAACAAUCACAAUCAGCACCACGCCAUCAACAACGCGGCCGCCAUGUACUUGCAAGGAGUCGGUCACAAAUUGUUCAUGGAACAGGAAGCCAGGCUGGCAAAGGAAGCCGCGAUCGCGGCGGAACAGCAACUGCAUCAACAGCAACAACAACAACAACAACAACAGCUGCAACAGCAACAACAACAACAACUGCAACAGCAACAGCAACAGCAACUACAGCAACAGCAACAACAACAGCAACAACAACAGCAACACCACCAUCAACAUCACGUAAACCAAAUGAACGCUCCAACACCCAUGCACCCGCAGAAGGCCGCCUCGGCCGAGACGCCCGAAAAGAUCGCCGCGGUGCCCGGGUCCGGCCGACAGCCACCCACCACGCCACCGUUCCCGGACCUCGACCUGUUGGCGGACGCUCUCAAGUCCGAGAUAUCCACCACGCUGACCGGACUCAUCGACACGAUCAUGGCCAAGUUCACGCAGCAGCAACAGCAGCGCAAACAGUCCAAGACGGCAGACGCGGCGGACGUGCAGCUGAUGACCAAAGACGUCGAUCGCAAGUCGCUCCGGACCAAAGUCAUCGACCGCGGGAGCCACGGUGCCGACCGCAACUCAGGUUUGGUCAACGGCCUGUCGAAGAUGAUGAACGGCGCCAGCAGCGGUGGUUACAACGCCGCGAGCCAGGUGCCGGUGACAGGCGUCGGUAACGGCGUGGCGAUCGGCGGUGGCGGUAACGGUCUACUGCAGAUGCCCAGCAACGGACCGGCCGAGAUGAGAAACGGUCUGGUCAACACGACUUGAGGCGCCGGCGCCAGCCUGUACAACGGCGCGGACGCGGUCGCGGCUGCCGCAGCGCUAGGACACGUCCGGGGUGCUCAAAUGUUUGCCCCGAAAUUGCACGGCUCGGCGGGCCUGAGCAACGCAGCCGCAGCGGCCGCCCUAUACUCGUCCAUGAGCGGGCUGCCGUCUCACCUGAACCCGUUCUGCAUGGAACGCGAACCGGCGCCCGAACAGAACGAGGCUCUCAGCUUGGUGGUGAUACCCAAAAAGAAACGGCACAAGGUGACCGACACCCGGAUCACCCCACGUGCCAUUAACCGCAUACUCACCCAGGACUCGGCGAACAACAACAACAGCAGCAGCAGCAACAACAACAACAACAACAAUAACAACAACAACAACAGCAACAGUGGCGGAAAUCCUAUGCAAUCGUUGGACGGCAGGGCGCAGCAACCGGUCGGCGGCGCGCAGGCCAUGCAGCAAUCCGCUGCAGUCAUGCAACCCGCGGCCGGCGACUCACCCCCGCCGCCGCCGCCGCCUUCCCAACAGCGGCCGUUCCACCAACAGCAGCAGCAACAGCAAUCGCCGUCGAUUGCGCCGGCCGCACCUCAGCCGCCGCCACCGCCCACGAUGCCCUUGCUGCCGGUGUCGCUGCCCACGUCAGUGGCCAUACCCAACCCCAGCCUGCACGAGUCACAGGUGUUCAGCCCUUACAGCCCGUUCUACACCAGCCAGCACCAAGGCGUGCCGCACCACAUCCCGUCGUCCAGCCCGCCCGGCAUGUCCGACUCGCCACCACCGCCGCCGCCGCAGCACCACCACGGGUCGCUGCUCCACCCCGCCUUGUUAGCCGCCGCGCAGCACCACAACUCGUCGCCGGACCUGAUGAGCAUGAAAGCCCGGAUGGACAUGUCCAUGGGCAACGGCGGCAACGACAGCGUCGACCGCAUUUCCGAGUGCAAUUCCGGGGACGGACCGUACGACGGCAUGUCGCCUAUAUCGUCAACCCUGACUCCGAUGCACUUGCGAAAAGCCAAGCUGAUGUUCUUUUGGGUCCGGUACCCCAGCUCAGCCAUCCUGAAGAUGUACUUCCCCGACAUCAAGUUCAACAAGAACAACACCGCGCAACUAGUCAAGUGGUUAUCGAACUUCAGAGAGUUCUAUUACAUUCAGAUGGAGAAAUACGCACGGCAAGCCGUCAGCGAGGGUUUGCAGAGAUCCGAAGACAUACACGUCAACAAGGACAGCGAGAUCUACAGGGUCCUAAACUUGCACUACAACCGCAACAACCACAUUGAGGUAUGCCUCUGCCAACAUCACAAAAACGAGUGUAUAUAUUGCGGUAUACCUGAACCGGCACCUAGCAAUUUUGAGUAUGUGGUGCAGCAGACGUUACGCGAAUUUUUCGUGGCCAUCCAGAACGGAAAGGACACGGAACAGUCGUGGAAAAAGUCCAUAUACAAGGUCAUCUCUCGCAUGGACGACACCGUGCCGGAGUACUUCAGGUCUCCGAACUUCCUCGAACAGCUCGAAUAAACGGUAUAUAAUUAUGUACACACCGUGUAUAUAUAUGUACGCAUAAUAUAUAUAUAUAUGUAUAAUACUACAUUAUAUACAAGCAUUCGACAUCGCGUCUGUAAACUGUGCUUUUUUUGUAAAGAAAUUUAAUAAUUAUAUUAUCGUUUUCAAUGAGAAAAACGAAAACAAAAACGAAAGCUCAAACAUUGAGUUUUUGUGAUGGGUUUUAUUAUAUUCUAUAUAUGCAUUGUUGUGUACAGUCAUUUUGAAAACA